GCAGCAACUGCUUCCUGGUUGCUCACAGCGAGAAACUGAAAAUGAGAGCAAGGAGGCUUGAUAAAUAGCAGAGGCAGGAGCCGGCUUAAGGCUCAAGCUGUGGUCCUGCAGGGCUGGCUGGAUUGCUCCUCUGUCCUGUUCACCACCGUGAGUCCCACAACGGUCCAGCAGGCAUGGCGCUGCCCUGCUGGUGGCUCCUUUGCUUGGUGGCACUCUCCUUCUGGAGCAUCCCGCAGGCAUCUGGCUAUUAUCAGGUCAUGGACUGCUGCGUGCGGACCAGUCCAGUCUUCAUCCCCGCCAAAUAUGUCCGAGGUUACCGUGAACAGCACAUUCAAGAAGGCUGCCCUGUCCAGGCUGUGAUUUUCAUCACUGUCAGAGGGAAACUUCUCUGUGCCCCUCCCUACGCUCUGUGGGUGAAGCAUCUAAAGGCAAGGGUGGAUCGCCAGCGCUACUACAGCAACAAGAGGUCUUUUUGGAAUUCCUUCUAGACUGCCAGCUGGCCACCUUGCAUCCUAGAGGAGGAGCCUCAACCAAUCAGCUUCAUUCACUGCACAUGUUCCUCCGGAUGGGCUACUCACCUGCUCUGGCAAGACUCUUCUUGCAUUCCUACGUUCAACCAACUUGCCCUCUUAUAGGAAUAGUUCCUGGGUCUUUGCUGCUAGAUGACUGUACAGUCCUUCCUAUACCUUCUGCAUUUGCAAAUGUCCAUCUUGGGUUACCUGAAUCAGACCCACCAGCUGCAAAAGCUCCCAGCCAUUUGCUCCAUGAAAGAAAGAAAAAAGGUUCCAGUUUUUCAAGAAGUUCACAUUUUCCCAUUGCCUCAGUAGAUUGCCUGGUUUUCCUUGACCCCCAUUGACUCUGGCAGGGAUUGGCCUUACAUUACUUGGCUUGGAGGGUUCUUUGUCGCCUUCCUCCUCUUCGUAGUCCCAGUCUGGCUACCUUUGCUACCCUUCAGGGAAUGAGGAGAUUGCCUUCUGCUUCAGGGGACCCACUAACAUUUUUGCCUGGGCUGUUUCCUUCUUAUUGUGUAACCUUCCCUGCCAUUGUUCUGUUGCUAUUGCUGUGUUUGGUGGGUUAAGGAGCAAGGCAGUGGUGCUCAGGCGAGAGCGCAAGGCUAAAAGAGCACAAGAAGUGGAGGCGAAUGCAGAACAUUGCUCUGAGCCAGGGAGGGGGCACUUGUGCCCUCCAGAAGGUGCUCCCAUGCAACUCCCAUGAGCAUCCCAGACCAUUGGCCAGACUGGCUGGAGCCAAUGGGAGAUGGACUCCCAUGGCAUUAGAGGCAACUGAGGUUUCUCUCCCUCCGGCCCCCUGUUGACAUGAGCUAGUAGGAAAAGGGGAGGGGCAUCUCCCUUUUGUUACUUCCUCAUAGUCUUCAGGGAACACACUCCAACACAAUUUGUCUGCUCUGCCAAGGAAGCCUGCAUAUCCAUUACAGAACCCCUGUGCAUUGCCAAGCAUGCCAGAAAAUUCCUGGGUCCACAUGCAGCUGAUGCCCGUUGUGAAGGAGCAGCGUAGCCUAGAGCAUACCCAAUCUCCAUGACAGUGCAGAGAAGAGGCAUUUUGAUGUAUUUAUUUAACAGCACUUGAAAUAUAAAAUUUGCACUGAUAAUGAGGAUUUGGCAGUUGAGCCUAACAAUCAAGAAAUGCGAACAAGGCUAGAGCAUUUCCAGGGGCAAACAUUUUACAUACAAAAUGCAAUGUUAAGGGUUCUGAAUGGCAAAACUGCAAAUUUUGGCUAAUGUUGAAUAAUUCUGAACUUUCAUUUAAGCCCUAAUUAGCUGUUAGCUGUGGAGGGGACAGACGCACAAUGGUUUCCAAAUGAGUAGCACCUUGGUCCAAACUGGGAAGUAGAAUUGACUGCUCCCCUUUGCGCUGCCAGUGUCUUCUGUCCUUUAUAAUGCUUUGUGGUUUUUAAAAAUCCUGCAUGCGUUAAUUGUUAGCGUUUUCAUAACUAUACCUAGAUUCAAGUCAGCUUCUAUUCUUUAAACGUUCUUUAGAAGAGGAGAGUAAAUUCACCCUUUAACUAUUCUUUCGUCUCCUUGAUUACGUGUUCAAAAGUUUAAAAGUAUGUUAAGUGUUGUGAACUUAUUCUGAACCCCAGAGGCUUUUGCAAAGUCUUUUAUUUUCCCUUCUUCGCUUCACAGUAGUGGUUUCUAUAUGUCCUACAGAUAUUUACUAGUCGAUCGUAAAAAUGGAUGUAAUUGUUAUUUCCGUCCUUCCUGUCCUCUGCCUGUAAUCUGUGUAAUUUUUUAAUAAAAAAGGGAAUGAAA